CAAGUACUUAGGGUUUGUUUUGCAGCGGCGGCCAAGCUGUUGAAAUUGUGGUUGGAUCGGGGACAGCAAAGCUGCUACAAUGGUGGACAAGGCCAGCAAAGGUAGGAAGGAAGAGGUUGUCACCAGGGAGUACACUAUCAAUCUUCACAAACGUCUCCAUGGAUGCACUUUUAAGAAGAAGGCUCCAAAAGCCAUAAAGGAAAUCAGGAAGUUUGCCCAAAAGGCCAUGGGGACAACUGAUGUCAGGGUGGAUGUUAAGCUUAACAAGCAUAUCUGGAGCCGAGGGAUUCGAAGUGUGCCCAGGAGAGUUCGUGUCCGAAUUGCACGAAAGAGAAAUGAUGAAGAAGACGCAAAGGAGGAGUUUUAUUCGCUGGUCACUGUUACAGAGGUCUCUCCAGAGGGUUUUGGGGGGUUGGGCACCAAGGUUAUUGAUGAAGAAGAUUGAAGUGGCCUAAUUGCCAAGAUCAUACUUAGGUUGCUCCAAUUUUGGCAUACUCAUUUCAUAUUUGAGAGAGAUUUUUGUUUGCCUUUUGGAUUUUCUUGGGGAUUUCUCCAUUUGAGAGAGCAUUUUGAAUCUCCUGUGAUCUAUUUAUGCAGUCUGUUCAAGUUUUCUUU